CAAAAAAACAAAAGUGUGAAGACUAGUAAACCUAAUUUGAUUACCUAAUUAUAAUUGAUAAUGGUUUGUAAAAGCAUUCUCUCGCAAAAGAGGCAACGUACAGAGAAUGAAACACGAUCGGCCAAGUUGUCGGAUCUUGAUGUUCUUGAUUGUCCGGUUUGCUUCGAGCCGCUCACAGUUCCUACCUUCCAGUGUGAUGAUGGACAUCUAGUUUGCAGUUUAUGCUUAGCCAAAGUGAGUAACAAGUGCCCUGGUCCUGGGUGUGAUUUACCCAUUGGUAAUAAGCGAUGUAUCCCAAUGGAGAAGGUUAUUGAAGCAGCCUUUGUUCCAUGUCGAAAUGCUGAGUUUGGUUGCACAAACAGUUUCUCUUAUGGGAAAGUGUCAAGUCAUGAAAAGGAAUGCAACUACUCUCAAUGCUCUUGCCCUAACCUCGAUUGCAAUUACAUUGGCUCAUACACCAGCAUCUACAGUCACUAUAUUUCUAGCCAUCUUUACGAAAACAUGACUUGUUCCUUUCGUUCGUCUGCCCUUGUUCGGAUAAACAUUAACGAAAAGGUUUUAGUUCUUUAUGAAGAUAUGGAGAAACUAUUAUUUGUGGUUCAGUGUUUCAGGGAGAAACAAGGUGUUUAUGUUACUCUUCGAAGUAUUGCAUCAUCAACUCCAAAAGAGAAGAUUUCGUACUGGCUUUCCUGUAAUGUUGAUGGACACACACUUGCUUACAAAUCACCAGAAAUGAAGAGGUUUCUUGAAGUGAGUUCUCAUCAAAUCCCCGAAGAGAGUUACAUAUUUUUCCCUAACAGUUUAUUGUGUGGUGAAAUGUUGGAGAUGAGUCUUUCCAUCGUGAUUUUCGACGGAGAGUGGCUCUAGAUAUGAUUUGGUUUGCCGUUAAGACUUACGAGACGUUCAAUUUCUUAGUUGUUUAAGACCUUGUUUGUACUUUGUAGUAGUAGUAGUAGUACAGUACCUCUCUUUGAUUUAUGGAUAGAAAUAUAAAUCAGACGACGCCAUUACCUCCU